AUGGAAAAGAAACAGAAAUGUGAAAAGAAGAAAGUCAAAGAGGAAGAAGAACCAGUCUAUGCAAAUGUUCCAAUUAAAGGAGAUCGGCGCAGACAUCAUAGUGGACCUUCUAGCUAUCCUAAACGAAUAAAUGCCAAUUCACCAGAGAGAGUGAAUUACUUGAGUCCACCUUUAAGAUAUGAUAGAGUAGCUAUCAGUCCUAUACACUGGAGUGAUCGAAAGGAGCAAAUGUCCCCUGUUGACGUGGAGGUGGAUUUAGUUAGAGGAAGACCACCUGCUAGUCCAAAGAAACCACCAGAUAAUCUAACAAUUAGACAACCUCUUGAGAACCCAAUACUAGAUGUAAAACCUGAAUCUGAUAGCCCUGUAUUGAAAAGGACUCCUGAAGCCAUGGCAAAAAAAACAUUCAACAGUCCAUUCUCUUCUUUAACAAGACGUUCAAAUGGUCACAGUACUAUGCAGUCCAGUACUCAUUUGCAACAACCUUCGGAAAAGAUACAGAAAAAACAAGAUAGCCCUAAGCCGAAGAAGCAAACAGAAAAACUUGUAGUAGGAAAACCCCAAGAAAAUUCAGUACCAAAGUAUGACAGUAUGCCCACAGUGCCGCUAAGUAUAAAAGAACAAACAUCAAGUCUUCAGAAAAAGAGACCUGACAGUCCCAGCCCUAAAAUGAAGAGAAGAAUGAUAAAACAGAGUCCUUCUCCUGUACGUAGACCAAGACCUAAGAGUUUUGAGAGUGAAGACAGUCUGCCAAGGAAAGAAAAAUUAGAAGACAGACCUGUUAGUGUUCAUGGAGAGGUUUUAAUGCCAGGUGUAGUGCCACCUGCAAUUGAAUAUCUAAGAACUAAGCGUGGAAGAGGCAAAGUACGUAGUGUUAAAGAACGGCAUCAAAGAAGUCAUAGUGUUGGACCUGUCCAGGGGUCACAUACAGAUUUGUGUUACUCUGCAAGUAAUCUUGAACAUUAUGCCCGAGAUAGGUCAGAUAUUAAGGAUACAUUAUCACGUUCUUGGGGCAUGGAAAUGUUUGCAAAAAGAACAAUAUUUCCACAGCUUCUGGAAGGUAUGGAUUUGAAACAAAAUGAAGGAAUAUCAAACCAAGCAUAUGAACCAGAUACGCUUACUCGUGAUGCCAUCUGGGAAAAAUGUGUUGAGACAGCUGACAGAAUGGCUUUAAAUCGAAGUGGAUCUUAUGAGAAUGCUUUAGAAAAGGGUUUUAUUUCAAGCUCAUGCUCAAGCCCUGAAUGCCGUCCAAAAAAAGAGCAUUCAAAAAAUGGUAAACUAUAUUAUGUUCAGUCCUCUGAGCAGGAUGACGUUCCAUUAGCUCUUAAGAAAUAUUUAGGUAAAAAACCUGCUAGACAUCGUCGUAGCCAAGACUUUGAAAAAGCACUGAGAGAACUUGACGAAAUGUAUGCUAAGUUAGAUUUGGAAACUGAUCAUUUGUACCGACCAAGACCAAGAGGAAAUCGUAAAAGUAGGUCAACUGAGAUAACUCUUCCUCUGCCAACAAAAACAUCCUCUCUGAAAAUGAACAAAAAUGAAUCUCCAUCACAGAAAGCAAAACGACGAGCUCGUCGUGAGCGUCCACAUAGUUACACUGGAGGUUUAACAACCAGUGAUGACUCGGAUGAUCGUCAUCAAAUCUAUAAUAGAUUCCGACAUGUAAAAGCAAAAUCUAGUGGAAAACCAAUCCCUGGAUUUCCACUGACAAAACUGUCACACAAAUAUGAACGAUUUUCACCCAAAAUUAUGGCUAAAAAUAGCUCAAGUAGUGAUGAUGAAUACCAACCUCUACAUAAGUCCCUAUCACAAGGAGCACUUAAUAAACACCCUGACAGAUCAAGUAGCCCAAGUCCUGAAAAAAGAUUUCAAAGGACAAGAAGAAGUAAGAGUGCUGAUAAUUUUGAAAAGAGUAUCAAAGCUGUUACAUUUGCUGAACCUCCUAAACGACCCAUUGGGGAUCUUGCUAUUCCAAGUGAUAUAAGCAUCUCCCAAGAAGACUCACCUCCAGUUUAUCUCAAAAUGCAUCAGAGACAAGAAUCUUCUGAAGUAAUCAGUGGAGGAGAUGAUUCCGACUCUAUGUGUGCCCAGAGAGGAUCCACCGAACAUCACAUCUCCUCAUCUGAACUUGAUGAUGCUGAUGAUGAGGGUGAUAAAGAAUUACUUAGCAAUAAAGAGUUACCUAGCAACCCAGUAAAUUCUUCAACAUUAAGUACAAUAAAUGAUGAAGUUUUGUCUAAAUCAUUUGAUGCGCUGCAGACAGAGUACAAUGUACAAAGUGAUAUUACUGAAAGAUUUGUGCAAACUCAGCAACAAUUGACAUUGAAUGAAAGGAAGGUUUCUCUUUUAGAUGAAGCAUCCAUCCCAAUGGAAGAUGAUUCCGAAGAUUCAGAAGUGAAAGCUUUGAUGGAACCUUCUGUGAAAUCUGACAAGUCUAAAUAUAAACCUGUUCAGGUCAAGCCGUUCUUCAAAUCUGAUAGGAAAAAGGGGAAAUCGACUCCAAGCCGAAAAAGGAUGAAGAAAGCAAAGAAAGAACCUGGCAGCCCAAGCUCUGCUAGGAGGAGGGAGGUGCUAGAAAGGGAAGGUAAAACAACAAGAAGAAAAUACCAACAGUCAGAGGAAAGGAAACAACGUAUAAAGAACAUUUCGUCAUCAUCUUCUGAUACAGACACCGACAGUGAAUACAGCGUUGAUGAAGAAAUGUCACGUACGGUUUCUAAGCUAAAAGCCAAGAUUACAAGUGAAAAACAUGUGGAAACCUCAGCCGAGAAAAGAAGAGCAUUAUUUGGAGAUGUGGGUCGUAGUUCCAGCAACCCAUCAAGCCCUUUGAGAAAAACAGAAGGAAAGUCCUGGCGGGAACCAUUUCGUAAUGCAGACACUGAACCGGAUCGAUACCAUCGUAACCGCAAUAGAGAUGAGUCACAUAAGCGGUAUUCGCGUUUAACAUCUGAAAGGGAUUAUGACCUUCCGUCUAGUCCAAGGAGACGAAUGGGAAGCGAUUCUUCGGAGUCGUCUGUGUCGCGUAGUGAGAAGGACGUGAAAAUUGAUAACACAUUGAAAGAUAGAACCUCCAGCACAGAUAGCUACCCAAGGUUAAGUCCCAGUUAUGGAAUCAUGGACACGCAACGUUCAAAAAGCUUUGAUUAUGAUCAUCGGCAUUCUCAUCUUGAUAACAAUCAUAGGACUAGUGAUGAAAUAUUAUCAAAAUAUACGGAUGAUAGCUUGAAAGAUCGGACAAAUGAUGCUAAAUAUAACAAAGACCAUGUUGAUUCUCGUGCGGCACGGAAAGCACUCCUUGAUAACGCCACGAAGGUAAAGGACGACAGGCAUCAUAGUAAUGAUGUGGUUUUAAAAUCAACAAGACAGGAUCUUAUUGACGCUGAUUCCAAAACAUCAAGGACUAAAGAUAUUGAUUAUACAACAAGGAGAAACUUAAGUCGAGAUGAGGAUUUAUUGUCACGACGAUCAUCGAGAGAUAUUGUGGAUCGCUCAGGAAAUGAUACAUACUCAUCGCGAUAUGCACGGACUAGAGAUAGGACAGAUGAGAUUCUUAUGGCUCGUCUUUCAGAUCGUCAAAAAUACCGCUCUCAGAAAAAGGAGGAUGAGAAAGAGGAUAAAACUCAUAUUACCACCAAUGGAGUCACACCUCCAACUGCUACUGAUUUACUUCUUGCAAAACAAGCAGUAGCACCGAAAGAGACGGAGCGGGUCAUCGCCAUGGAUACUAAACUUUCUGCGGACUCGUCUGAGGAUAGCGAUGCUCGAGCACAACGAAUUGCAAAAUAUAAAGAACAACGACGGAAACAGUUAUCUGAAAAAUAUGGAAUUGUGGGUAGUUUAGAUUCUACAGCUGAUGAUCUUCCAAGUCGAAGACUUCGCUAUUCAAAACGAAGCAAUACAGAUUUAGGUCUUACUACUGACACGUUGAGAAGAGCGGAGGCUUUGAUUGGAAAAGAUAAAGAGGAUGCACCUUGUGAGACAAGACCACGGAGAAUGGCAUCUGAUGUAUCAAUUCAAAAGUUGGACAAAGAUGACUAUUCAUACUUGAGAAAAAAGUAUGGUCUUGAGCGAACUCCGAGUACUGAUACUGAUACAACAUCGUCCAAAACAUCAAGGAAUAUUGAUGAGGAUAUUGCAUCAUCACGACGUUCCCGACUAGCCAAGAGUACAAGUUUGCAUGAUGAAUCUCCAGAUGUGUUGCCAAGGAGACGAAGAACAAUAGAUGUUAGUCCUAUUGUCAUGGAGACACAAGAGACAGAGAAUAAGAUAAAAACUGUGGAUGAUAAAAGCAAAGUUUCAGCAACCUCAGCAGUAAUUGCAGAGGAAAGCCCAAGGACUGACAGCAAACCUGAAAUUUCUCUGGAAACCAAAGAAUUAGUUGAGGCACUCGAAACUCAGCGAGCUGCUCGCCGAGAAAGGUUACGACAAACUGAGAUUCUAACCACAGACAAAGUGUCCGAGAGUAUACUCUCAAAGCGAAGGUUAAGCAGAGAUAGAAGUGACCUGCCCCAACUGGCUCAAACAGAGGAUAAGGAGCACGAUCUUAAAAAACGAGGUGAAGGGACAAGUAUUGAAUCUCCAUCCAUCCAUGAGCGUUCAAAGAAAGUGCCUGAACCAGAACCAGUUGUGCCUUCUGGAAUCAAUGUGGAAACUCAAAAAGUGCCAUCGUCAAUUGAACAGAAAAAUGAAACCAGUCGUCACCGUCCUCCAACUUCUGGGGAUAUAAAAACAGUUGAUCAUUCAUUACAGCAGUCAGCAUUAGUAAAAGACACUAUGCAAGGUCAGAGACUGAGGCAACCAAUAGGAAAAGAAAGUGAACUAUUAGGUAAAGAUUCUGAGAGGAAACCUAGAUUCUACAGUCUUGAUUCUGAAGCGUCUAUCGAAUCUUCCUCCGCAGCUUUUGAAUCUCCGAGUGAUUCCGAUUCUCUUUCUCUUGCAUCUGAUAUUGUGAGGACUAUGUCGCCGAGAAGUUUGGAAAUUUUAGAAAGAAAGAGGAGGCGAAAAGAAGAGAAGAAAGCACUAAGGAGACGAUCAGCGUUAAACACUCCAAGCAAAGAAGAUGGACGCAUUUCUCCACGAAGUGGAUCAGGUGAUGAUUCUGAUGGACGUCAGAGAUUCAAACAGCGUCAAAUAUCACCAAGUAGCAGCCAAGAUGAUACUGGUAAAAGUGACUCAGAUCAGAGAGUUAUCCAACCAUCGGGUGGAUUGAAAGUCACGACACCGAGUGAUAUAAUGCCAGAAUCAGUGCCAAUGAGGAAGAGUGAUAUUGUGCCAAAGAAGCUUGAGGAGUUGAAAGUUGAAGAAAAACCUGAAAAAGGUGAGCGUGAAAGAAAUGAGAUCAAGAAAGUAGAACAAGUUGAUGUCCACUCGGUGAAGGUUUCAGAGAAAGGUGAACAUGAAAGAAAUGAGAUCAAGAAAGUAGAACAAGUUGAUGUCCACUCGGUGAAGGUUUCAGAGAAAGGUGAACAUGAAAGAAAUGAGAUCAAGAAAGUAGAACAAGUUGAUGUCCACUCGGCUAAGGUUCCAGAGGAAGGUAAACACGAGAUAAAGGACAUCCUGAAAGAAGAACAAGUUGAUGUCAGUUCAGUGAAGGCUUCUGAACCAGAUGUGUCUGAGAGGAAAGAACUGGCAAAGGAAAUAAAGAAAGAAGUAGCAGUUGUACAAAAACCUGUGACAGAAACGGAUGGUUUAGAGAAAAGGAAUGAUAAGGAGGCCGGGGAAAAAGAACUAGAAAGGGUGAUAAAAGCUGAUAAAGCAAGGUCUCCAGAGAUGCAGCCUGAGCAGAAGAAAGGAGCUAUUGCAGAGGGAAAACAAACUAAAAAGUUAAUAGAAAAACUUCAGGGAAAGAAAGCAUCUACUGAGAAGAGGAAGGUCUUGGCUGAAAAGGUUGAAGAAAGUCAAAGAGUUUUGAAAGAAGUUCGUCAGAAGAUGGGGAAACAUUCUGGUACACAAGAUGAGAAAAGUGUUCCAGUUGCACCAGCUAAGGUUGUGGCAGACGAUGUUCCAAAGACAAUUGAGGAAAGACCUAAGGAGUUUUCAAAAGUUAGAGAGCAUCCUAAAUCUGCAGAAACUGUGAAAAUUGCAAAACAGGCUGAAAAUGAAAGUAAAAGGGAUGUGCCUUCACAUGGAGUACCUGAUAAACGAGCAGGCCUGAUUAAAUCUCCAAGAAGUACAGAGACAGAUGUACCUAAAAUUGCUAAACAGAGAGUUAGCAGAACAGAGAAAGAAGAGCAAAGAGUUACACCUGUUGCCAAAGAGGAACAUCUAGACUCUAGUAAAGUAGACAUCAAGAAAGAUGAGAAAAUUAAAGUCAGAGCUCAGCCAAAGAAAUUAUUAUCUCCUGAAGCUAGAAAGAAGCCAAUGGUUGGACGGGUUGAUACUUCAAAGACAGCACAAAAACGAGAAUUGACAACAAAGAGACCAGAAUCAUUGCCAGUUCGUGGAAUGACCGAUAAGAGAAUUGUUGAUCGUGGAACUUCCGAUUCUGAUAAGAGUGAUAAGUCAGAUCCAAAAUCUCCUCGGAAGAGUGCUUCAUCAAGUUCUCAACCUCUUAGACGACCUGUGUCUCCUGAGAAGAAAUUGCGCCCCAAACCAGAACCCUCAACCAAAUCACCUUCACCAACAUCUAAAGCUGAUAGAACACCUUCCUCAAGAUUAGGAUUACGAAGAACUGACUCGCCUCUUAGUAGUACAGAUGAUGAAACUUCAUCACCAAGAAGAAAACCACGAAAACGACCAGAGAUUCCCUCCGUCUUGAAAGAAGCAGAAACUCGACGAACAUCGCCAGAGCCAUGGCGACGAAGAACAACAGGAUCUGAUUCUUCAGACAGUGACAGCAGAAAAGUACGUUUGAGAGGUUCUGGAUCAGACCGAGAAGAACGUAUUAAAAGAUUUGGUAAGCAAACUCCCAAAAUAAAAGAAGAAUCUGCUGCUGCCAAAGCACCUUUAAGAACAAGAUCCUCAGAACAGAAAAAAGGUACACCAAAAAGUGUUGAGGAAUCGUCGAAACGGUCAGAAAAAAGAGAAACCACUGCAAGCCCUCUGAGAAUAACUGAACCUAAUGUUGAACCACCUAAAACCAGAGAUAUAUCAGUCAGAAAGUUGGUUCAACCUAGAAAAGGUGAUCCAUCAACUGUGAAGGAGAUUCCAUGCAGUGAAACAGUAAAACAUUAUACUAAGGAGGAAAAGACUGAGCUACCCAAGAAAAUCUUAGAUAAGGUGGAAGCCACAAAGGUUCAUGCUGCAGGUCAAGUUAAGAACACAGCAAAAGCAGAAGAACUAAAAAUUACUGAUUCAAUCUCAAAGGCGGUUCCACGAAUAGAAAAAACUGGAAAAUCACCUGUGGAAAAAGUUGAAAUGGCUGAGAGGUUUCAGAGACUUUCAAAAUCACCAAGUCUUGAAAGUGCACCCGACUCUGCCUUUCUGUCUGUUGAGAAUAAGGUUACAGGAUCUUCUUUGCGUAGGACUGCUUCAUUCAAAACUAAAAAAGAGCUAGAGAAAGAGAGGGAAGCAGAUGCUCGUAAAGAAACACACAGCUCAUAG